AGUACUUACUUUCCCGCUGGUCGUAGUCACAAAAACUAUGUGUUAUGGCUAGCUUCGAUUUGUUCUACCUUACCUGUAGAAGCUCGCCUAGUAAAACUACUGAUACAUCCUCGACAUCUACCUCGAGGCACGACUAGCGGUAUUUACGCAGUUGCAUAUAACGAUCGAAAAAUUUUAUGUUCUCCACACACGACAUCAUGGUCAUUUAAAACAUCUUACUGAAAAAACCCGACCUCGUUUUUCUCUUUGUCCAACACGCAGCACGACGAAAUCAUGAUGAACCCCACGACUAGCAUAUCCUGAGUAAAAACGUACCCACACCAGAGUCAGGGUGAGGAUUUUGCAACACAAGCCUAGGAGUUUUGUGAGUCACGCAUGACAAGUUGCACUAUGCAGUGUAGUGCAGGUUAGCAAGUGCAGCCGCAUCAAAGAUUCAUCUGCUCAUACUGUUCACAGCAUCACAAAUUCCAAAACACGCUUGGAAAUGGCUCUCAUGGGGAUGCGCAUUACAAGUCUUCCUGUCUUUGCAAAUCUGCAGUACAACUCUGGUGUGGGUACGUUUUUACUCAGGAUAUACGAGCAGCACGACGUCAACGGCCGACUACCAGCACCUGGACAUCCGGACAAUCCACGGGGAACGACUUAUCCUGAGAAAAACGUGUUACAGUUACACAUUGUGUUGCAGGCCAAGCAAGACAGACAUGCUCUGUCAUGCAGAAAAUGCUUGCCAGCCUCAUUUCGUGCGUGUUUUCCCUUACAGUGUGCGCAUCACACGUUUUCUUUGCCAUGUCGAGCAACUUUGUGAUGCAGAAACUCCAACAAAUGUGUAACUGGAACACUUCUUUCUCGCGAUACGGCUGGAACCAAGAGUAGUAAAACGCGAGGUCUUCGACAGUUUAACCGUGAAAGAGCUGCUUGAUUUCGUCGACAGACUGAAUGGGAAGGAGGAAACCAGAGGGCUGUGCCGGAAUGGGAACAGGAAGAAGCUGGCGUUAUUGGAGGUGGACGAUGAGGGGGAAACGACGGCUAGCACAAAAGUUCUUGUCGAGAAGAAGGAACGGACAGUAAAGACCACCACCCUGGACGCAAAUAUUUUCACCGAUGAAUCUGGUUUGAUUUUUUCCGGAAAUAAGGGUAAAAACGAGAGUCCGCAGCCUGGUCGUGGUCCCCGCAGUGGCCCCGGCGACUGGGAGAUCCUGACUCAUGCUGACAAAACUGGCGCACAACAUCAAGCGUCGUCCGUUCGACACCAGCGCGACACGCCCACUGUCACAAGAGAUGCCGAGUUGGGGCUUCCCUACUUAACGCCAAGAGAUGGAAUAAAUCAUACAAUUUCAUGUAGCGACACGGAGACCUCGGAUGUGGUGGAUAGUGCAACUACGGAGGCAGCGCGGGACAAAGUUCAGAGAGAACUACAUCAAAGCAACCCGGAGACAAAGAAAUCGCAGGAAAGCGGUCCUCCUCCCGUCGACAAAGAGAACUUCUACAAAAAGAGCGAGCGACUAGAGAAAGACAAUGCCGAUGACGAGGAACAACACCCCUUCAGCCCCUCGCCUCUGCACGAAGACACGCUGGUAGGGGAGAUUUUUGGCAUCCCAACGGCUCAGGAGAUCGAAUUCAAUUCAAGAAUUACGCUGUCGAACAAAUCCAACAAUUCCUUCACUUCCGCAUUGAAAACAACUUCUCCGGUCGAAAAAGAUACUACAGCGAAUCGCAUUUCAACCUUCCUCCUGAAAGCAAAACAACCGAUCGAGUUCCUGUGUAUUCUAUCCUACGGCGGCCCAAAACGACAGCCCUACUCGAUUGAAAUCAUCAAGAACGAAGCGAUUCUUCUCCGCCCCCACCACUGGCUCGGAUGGAGAGAUGUGGAAAACUUUCCAUACAGAUACAAGUGGACGCGGGUCAGUUUCUGGGUGAAGUGGCUAGCGGGGGGAGACAUGAGGAAUUCUGUGCCUCUAUCAAAAUGAAAAAUCCCUUCUCCCCAUAUCAAAAUGGAAGUCUGUGAUGCGGGAUUUCUGUACACAAAUCAUUUUGUCAUGCUAGAAGGGAAGAGAUGCGGUCUGUAGUGCUGGGUGGCGUGGGAAAGCCUUGCGUCUUCAGCAUAACAGGAGGCAGCUGGAAGCGGGAAACAGCACGACAAAUUGCCUGCAAACGAGGCCAAGACUGCAUCUCUUGAGCCUCUAGCAAUACAAGUCGACUUGUGUACACAAAUACAGCAUCACAAAUUUCGUUUUCGACAUCGGGAGGGGAGAUUUUUCCUCAUCAUAACCUCCCUCCGAUAAUUACGUUUUUGACGAUUUUUCCGAUGCGGGGUUGGAGAUUUACGGCACGGUAUCCCACGAAAAAACUGUUUCACUGUGAUGGCUUUGCAAGAUCUGCAUCACAAGUUUGUUUACACAUGACACAGAAAUAAAUUUGCCAUGCGUGCUUCCAAAGCGAAAACACGCCUAAAAAUUAAUCCAAUGUCUUGCAGGUGUAGGAGCAAGACAAAUCGUUCUGUGCUCCAUUCUAUGCAUCACAAGUUUAUCACAGUGAAGCAGUUUUUUCUUGCGAUAAACGAGAUUCACCGACUGGCUUUUCGAUGUGAAACCGAACGAGUGGGUAUCCUGAGUAAAAACGUACCCACACCAGAGUUGUAGUGCAGAUUUGCAAAGACAGGAAGACUUGUAAUGCGCAUCCUGAUGAGAGCCAUUUCCAAUCGUGUUUUGGAAUUUGUGAUGCUGUGAACAGGAUGAGCAGAUGAAUCUGUGACGCGGCUGCACUUGCUAACCUGCACUACACUGCCGAGUGCAACUUGUCAUGCGUGACUCACAAAGCUCCUACCUUUGUGUUGCAAAAUCCCCAUCCUGACUCUGGUGUGGGUACGUUUUUACUCAGGAUAGUGGGUCUUCUGCGAGGAGCACCACAGUAUCCUGAGUAAAAACGUCCGCACCCCAUAGUCAAGAUGGAAAACCUGCUAGACAAAUCUACAAGCUUAGGCUGUUGCGCAUGACAAGCUUGGCCUCGUAGUGUAAUCCUGUUUACUUUAGCUCGUUCAGAAGCAUCACAGAUCUACCCUACCAUGCUGACUGGAGCGCUACAGAUUCCAAAACACGACUAGGAGUCGCUUCUCAUGGGGCUCCGCAUGAGAAGCAUGCUGAGCAUGCGUUUUUGCAUGACAACUAUGGGGUGGGGAUGUUUUUACAUAGGAUACACCGGGUAGCUGAUUUUAAGCAAACCAGCAACUGUAUCCGGUUGUGUUUCAUUUCCAUGAAAACCAAACCAAGGCUAUUGUUGAACGAUUUCCGGGUGGAGAUUUUCGACGACGAAAACUUCGCGCUGGCCACUUCCCGGCGACUGUUGCUUCCCGGCACCGCGUAUCAAAUGCAAAAAUGUCUGGGUCUGGAAGAAUGCAAGAUUUGUCAUGCAUAUUUCUCAUGACCCAUGAUAGUCUGUGAUGUAUGCCCUAGCGUCACAGGUUUUUAGAACCCUUCCUGAUGCACCUUCCGCAUGAGAAAUGCCCUGUCCGUGUAGCACAAACUGUAUCCCUCUUGCUGGUCAUGCAAUACAAAUUUUUGUAGAGUCCAAAAACAGCAUGACAAGUCUGGCACUCUUCCAGACAUCCAGGGACUUUUGCAGUUGAUACCGCGAUGGAAGCAGAAGCGGUUGUCGCGAAACCGAUAAUAUCAAAUGCAAAAAUGUCUGGGUCUGGAAGGUUGCAACUUGUGAUGCUGUUUUUGGAACGUAAAAAAAAUCUGUAUUGCAUGACCAGCAAGAGGAGUUCAGUUUGUGCUACGCGGAGUGGGCGCGUCUCAUGCGGAAUGCGCAUCAGAAGGCCCUUCAAAAAUCUGUGAUGCUAGGUCAUGCAUUACAAGCAUCACGGGUUAUGCAAAAUACGCAUGACAAACCUGGCAAUCUUCCAGACCCAGACAUUUUUCCAGUUCAUAGAUGAGAGUACUGCAAGCUUUGCACCCGCGGUUGGUGAAUGAAAAUUUUUCCCAGUUGCCCUGGAAAGCGGACGAGGAGUUGUUGGCGAUGGGGGACUUUUUGAGAAAUCUCCCAGGCGCGACGCGGGGCAUGGGGAUGAAUAUUGUGGAGACGCCGGAAUAAGGAUCUACUUCGGUGGAGGGCCUGAUCGAUAGAAAUGUCAGAUUAUGUUGAUCUAGAACUUCAAUACACGACGACUGGCACUUCUUCAAACUAUACUCCAUUUUUUCUCUUGCGCUUGAACUACAACCCGAGCGUGUGACCACAUGCUAGUACAUAUGCUUACGGCCGGGACGAGCCGGGAACACGUUCGUUGUACAACCAGUUUUCCGAUGCGGUUUCCGCAAUUGACUUGCUUUCAUGGAGUCGUCGUUUGUUUGGUCUCUCCGACCCGGACGAAAACGAGAACGUUUAUAUCACAUCAGAAUGAAUUUCGGCGGAGUCGUUCGCGCUAGACCGAUGUGUUGUAUUUCUACAUCUUUCUACCAAAAGGCUUUUUGGGAGCAGAAUCCAUGUGUUCUGACCGACACAACCAGAGGCAAGAAAUCGUUCAACCGAAAAACAAUCGUCCUUCCUUCGUUAGUUUUUGCAACCGUUCCAGCACCACUUCUCCCUAACGGCCGCGCAUUCACUUCUACUCCGUAUUGGUUUCUGUCUUCUCACUACGGUAGACUUCUAUUUCGUCACGUUCUUUUACGCGU